AUGAUGGGCAACCUCCUCCUUUGGAGUUCAUUCCUGCUCUUCUCCUUAGCUUGCUCGAACUCCAAGCUACCCUACCCCCAAGGUGACCUCCUCAAAAUUGACGCGGAUAAUGUUCAAACCGUUUUUGACACAAAUGAGUAUUGGCUUGUAAAAUUUUACGCCCCCCAGUGCGUGCACUGCAAGCGCAUAUGGAGCACCAUAAUGAAUGUAAAAAUUGACGUACAAAGUGAUGAUAAAAGAAGGGUGUAUUUUGGAGAGGUUAACUGCGAUGACACAAAUGGACGGCGCAUUUGCGAACAGUACGACGUUUUAAAGAUACCCCAAUUGAAACUGUUUAAGGGACACGAAUUACUCUCAACCUACUCGUACACCACGAACGAUGAGCGCUCUAUAAAAAAAUGGAUAAAUUAUGUCACAACGCCAGUCUUUUUGGCUGUCCAUUCGGAGGAAGAGUUAAAUUCGUUCCAAACGGAGGACAACUUUUUUCUGACUUGUUCAGAAAAUCUAAGUGACGACUUAAUGAAGGCGGCAAAGUUGUAUAGCGAGGAAUGCUACUUUAUUAACAUUAAGAAUAGGGAGCUGUGCGACAAGUUAAUCAUCAAGGAAAACCACUUGCACAUUCGAGGGGUAGAUGACCAUGCGACUUAUGACCUAAACAAAAUCGACUUUGAGGAGCUGAAGUCUUUUAUGAAUAAAAAUCGGUUCCCCUUAGUGAGCAAAGUUGACCACCACACCUUUUUUAACCUAAGGAGCAGUGGAAAUAAUAUGAUACUACUCCUCUUGGACUUGCAAAAAGGGAUUAGCGCACAUCUCUCCCAAUUUAAGCAUUAUGCUAAGAGGCAUAAACGAUUGGGAGAGUUCAUUUUUGCGUACAUAGACGGGAAGUACUACGAAGAGAACCUAGAGCUGUAUGGCACCGACGCAAGAAAGUAUCCACAAAUCAUCGUUUUCAGCAAACGUCCCCACGAGUACUACUUCGAGGAUUAUUUCGAUUUAGACCACCUGGAUGACGUAAUAGAUCAAAUUAUGAAGGGAAGCAUUAAACCCAAGACCGAAACGUUUACGAAAUCGACCAUAUUAUUAACCCAGCUUAAGAAGCACAUAAAUUACAUCAUUGAAAAGGCCUUUAAAACGGAUUUGACUUCCUUCAUUGGGUUCAUCUGCUUCAUCAUUAUGAUAAUAAUGACGAGCGUUUUGGUAGUGCACACGAUUUAUAAAUUCAUAAAUAGUCCAGAGACGGCAGCCCGUGCAAAGGAGAAAAAAAAAAACUAA